AUGUCCUUGGUCCUGACAAAUUCCAGAGCCCCAAGAGGCCCCAAGUGGGGUCGAGGGGUGGCUUCAUGCCUGAGCCACUGCCACCCACCUUGCCACGUCCUCCUCAGAAAGCAGAGCCUGCAGCCACCCAAGCAAGGCUCUGGAGCGCUCGCCAGCGAACAUCCGGAUCUUGCUGGGGAGAGACUAAACAGGCGGCGAGUUCUCUGCCGCCUCACGCGGGAAACAGGCCAAGGAGAUUCAGAGGAUCCUGGGAUUAGCAACUGGAGGCAGAGCCUGGGACCUGGGCUCAUAUGCUCCUCUUCCGCCGGCCCGUCCCCGCCCCCGCCAUGUCCUUUUCUGGAUUCUGGGUUACUUGGAACAGAGGCUCUGAGAAGUCAGCAAGUUUUCCGAGGCCACAGAGUGAGUUAUGGCAGGGCCGAGAUGGGCACUCAAGGUUGCCAGCUACAAGGCAUUAUGAAGCUUAAAUCCUCUUCUUUUUCGUGGUACUAUGUGAGUCUUCUCUUACAAGUGAUGACAUCAACUUCAGAAAAUAGGACAGUAACCACUCUCAUGGGACACUUGGCUACUGUAGGAGGACAUGCUGAGCUCAGCUGCCAGUUGUCCCCACCAUGAAGUACAGAGCACAUGGAGGUGCACUGGUUCAGAGGUGGCCACUCCAAACUUGUUCACCUAUACAGAGACGACCAUGAAGUGAAUGGAGAAGCUGCCCCAGAAUAUGUGGAUCACACAGAGUUUGUAAAAGAGGCCAUUGGGAAGGGCAAAGUGACUCUCGGACUUCGUAAUAUCAGUGUUUCUGAUAAAGGAUCAUACCAGUGUUCACUUAAAGGUAGUGGCAUCAAUGAUGUGGCCAGCAUGAAUCUGAGUGUAACAGAUAAGUGUCAUGCACUAGGCUUGGAAACACAAACCCGUGUUCAGACUCCUGGCACUGAGGGACUCAUGGUGGAGUGUAACUCAGGAGGGUGGUUCCCACAGCUUCAGAUGGAAUGGAGAGACAACAGAGGAGAGGUAGUUCCACAUUCAUCAAAAUUCUAUUCACAGGAUGGAGCCAGAUUUUUUCACAUGAAGAUGACUCUUGUCCUUAGAAACCAGUCACAGGGCAAUAUGACUUGCUACAUUCACAACCCUCUAACAGGUGAAGAGAAACGAACAAAUAUCAUUCUAGUUGGUGAGUGUUUGUCAGAGUUUGGUUGUCAACAUAGCAACAUAAAGAGAAAUUAA